AUGAGUCACAUAGAUGAUAACCCCACUAUGACAAACACCACCAAUCACGUCCAAUUAUCACCAAUAUACAACUAUAUGCAACAGCAACAGCAACAGCAACAGCAACAGCAACAGCAACAGCAACAGCAACAGCAACAGCAACAGCAACAGCAACAGCAACAGCCAAUGGAACAAACACAAAGUAAUGUACACGCAGCUUCCGGUGAUAUCCCCGUAUCAAGGGGUCACGCUUUGAAAAACAACAACAGCCACAUUAUUAGUAACCACAACCUGUACAAUAACCAAAAUGGAUCCGAUCAACCAGUACAAGCUGAACACAACAUCUUGCCACAGAAACUACCACUCCCUCUACUCCCUCAAAAACAAAACCAACAUCAACAGCAGCUACAGAAACAACAGCAGUCGCAAACAAUCUCCCCACCUUUUGACGCUAGUUCCCCACCACAUGAUAAAAUGGAAAAUUUAUCAACUACGCAAAAGAAGUUUCUCUUGUCCACAUCAUCGCCAGAAGGUAUACAAGUGGCCUCCAAAAUCACUCCUACUCGAUUAGCCAACUUGUUGAUUAGAAAAGGUCCAUUACCUAUACGUCAUAUUACUGCUCAACUAACUUUAGAAGUUCCUUCGUUUGAGUUAUUAAGUUUGAGUAAACAAAGACGAUUGAUUAUGGCAGCUAUGGAACAAGUUGAUCCUACUAAUAAUGUUGUAUUUGAAAAAAUUGGUUGGGGUCAGUGGGCAGUAAGAAAAGUUGAUAGUGAUUACAUUGUCACUGAAGGAACUGAACAACAAGCGCAACAACAGCAGCAACCACAACAACAUUUAGGUGGCACGCCCCAAUCAGUACUGCCUGAAGGACAAGAUGGAUCUAAUGGUAAGAAAUUGGGUAAACAACUCAAGUCACAAUCCGUGGAACUGGAAAAGAAGAUGAUCAAUAUCAAUGAUUUGAGGAAUCAAACUAAUUUGAAACUUGGAUGGUCAAAGAAAAAGAAAGAUGCAAGUGGUGCUUCAGAUAAAAAUGGGGCCAGAAGAGAGUCAAUAACAAAUCCAAUCAAAAACCUUCAUAAUAUCAAAUUACCAAAUGAAAGUAUUGAUAAUGCAAUAGCCUCGGAUAGUGAAGAUGAGGAAGAAAACGAAUUCAAUGAACUUGAAGAGGAUGAAGUAGGCUUUGAUGAUGAUGAUGAUGAUGAAGACGAAGACGAAGACGAGGAAGAUGACAUAUCUGGACUUGAUGAAAGACUAAUAAGAAAUGGUAGACAUAGACUACAUGAUCAUCAAAUGGAUGAAGAUGAGCCUUCUAAUAGUUCCGAUCAAGAUGCCAUACUUGAUGAUGACGAUGAAGAAAUGUUUGCUUUUGAUGAUACGCCCAUAGGUAAUACCUCUGCAAACCUACAUCACAGGCUGAAAUCAAAGAAACUGUCUCCACCUUUGAAAUUUGCCAAUAGAGUGCCUUCCAAAAUUAGUCCACCACCAAUUUCAUCUACUGCAUCUUCAUAUGAUUCUAAAGUUGCAGCAAGAAGAAGAAAAUCAAGUUCUUCAGCCCCAAGUUCAGUAACUAAACCAUCUACAUUGAGACAUUAUCAUGCUACACAUCAUCCACACCACACUCAUCUCCUAAACAACCCCACUUUUAUCAAUCGAUCAAGAUUGAAUUCGAUUGAAAAUUUGGAUAAUUAUAUUGCGUCUACUUCAUCAGGUAGAAACUCAACUGUACUGAUUAGCCUGCCACCACCGGCAAUUGCAUUUAGUUAUAGUUCUGCUGGAUUAGGUGUAAAUGGGGGUACUGCUACUGGCAGUGGUGAAGUUGCCGAUGUGCGAAGUGCAGUGUUUGGUGCAUCUCCUGUAUCAGCAAGUAAUGCAUCACCAGUGGGAUCAUGGGGUUCUAAUAACGGUAAUCGCCAUUAUGUUAUUCAUAAUGAAGAAGCAGCUAAAGCAAACAAGAGUCGACGCAAAUCAUCAUUUAAUGAGUCGCAUGAAAGAUCUACAUUGAAUAGUAUACGACAACAAUUGCAAUCACUGCAACAACAACCAAAGACACUGCCACGGCUGAGUAGUACUCAACAACAACAACAACAUCAUCAUCGUCAUCAUCAUCAGAGAAGUAGUAGUAUUUCAAGUGAUACUGAUGAAGAGGAUUGGCAGUCUAUAGGUCCAGAGUUUUUGAGACAAAAGAAACUGAAUGGUGAUGGGCUGGGUGAUAAAAAAGAGGAGGAAGUAAGGCACGCGGAUAUCAAAGUUGAGAAGGAUGUCAAUUCAAGAGACGGUUCUGUCAAUUCCAAUGUAAAUGCUAAUGAAGAAGAAAAGUCAGCAGCAUUUGCAUUAGUCAAUUUGAUGUCAGUUUGA